AUGAAUGUAUUUCGUUAUAUUGAAGAUAAAGAUGUCUUUCAAAAAUUCUAUAGUAAAACUUUAGCACGUCGUUUAGUUUAUAAUCAAUCUGUAUCGGAAGAUGCUGAGGCUUCAAUGAUUUCUAAAUUAAAAGAAGCAUGCGGUUUUGAAUAUACCGCAAAAUUACAACGAAUGUUUCAAGAUGUCAAUGCUACUAGAGAAUUAAAUGCGAAAUUUUUAGAUUAUGUACAAAAACAAGAAGAAGCUAAUGGUAGUACAAUUAAAGGAA